GCAAGCCGGAUUUUUUGCGGAUCUCGCGUUGUUGUGGCGGGAAACUAAUGUUGAUGUCCUGGUCGACGCGACUGUUCUGCUUGCCGACGUGUUUUGGCGGGGAACAGUUCGAUCGAAUUGUUUUCCGAAACGGACGGCGGGAAAAGUAGAGCGAGGGCGACGGCGGGAAGUAGAGGGAGGAGGUGCUGAGCGAUUGAGCGAUUGACGCCGGCGGCUUUUCUUGUCGCCUGAUUUUGGCGGGGAACGAGUCGACCAAUUUGUUUUCCGAAAACGACGGCGGGGGGAAGGAGAGCGAGGAGGUGGUGAGCGAUCGCCGCGUUUUGCCGAGAGAUAUAUAAAGGGGGGGAGAGGUGGUGAGGGAGUCAUCGGCUAGCUUUGCCAAGAUAAGAUCGACGAGGAGUAGGUCUCUAGGAUCCCCUCGCCUUCCUCAAGACAGCUUGGACAGCUAUGGCGGCUGGCAAUGGUGGAAAUGGUCCGGCUUCUGUUCCUCUGUCUCCGGGGAACUCGUCCUCUGGGCCAGCUGGGGGAAGGGGGAGUGAGUUGACGAGUGUGUCGCCAAGUGGCGGAAGCGCGGAUGAUGCGAGUGCGAGUCAUUCCGCCCCCCUCUCCCCCUCUGCCUCUCCGCGGACUGCCUCCACUGCCGCAAUGAGCCUUACAGAGAACCAGAUCUGUUUGAUCGGCAGUCUCCAAGCUGCAGUUAGUGGGACGGUGAUGGGGUCCAUCUUUGGAUUCGGUUCUGGACUUUUCAAGAGGCAGGGGUUUAAGGGUGCAUUGAAGGAGGCAGGAUCUUCCGCAAAGGCUUUUGGACUGAUGUCGGGAGUACACACCAUGGUGUCUUGCUAUUUAAAAAGAAUUCGCGGCAAGGAGGAUGCUAUCAACACAGGCGUAGCAGGAUGUGCGACUGGAUUGGUACUGAGCUGGGGAAGCACCCCACAGAAUAUGAUUCAGAGCUGCGUUGGCUUCGGGGCUUUCUCCUACAUCUUUGAGAGACUUAAUCCACCCCCAGCAGCUGUGCAUGCAGCAAUAGGCGUUGGUCCUUGCGAGAGCGUCUGCUCGGUUCUUUGCCCGUCCAUCCCGACACCUGACAUCCCUUCCAUGCUAGGUGCUUUUCUUCCGUCUAGGCUCGUUUCGAAAAGCUCACGCACCUCGAGAACUAGGCGACGCGGGGUCAUUAUGGCGAAGAGGCGUGUGAACACACCGGGGGAGGGAUUAGAAUAUGAGCCGUUGGCGUCAUCGGGCGGAAGCAUAGAUUUCCUGGCAGAGGCAAAGGCAGAGGCAACGGAAUCGAUCCGAGCAGCAGGGUUGAGUACACGUGUGAGGUGAGUACUGUACAAUAUGUGAACAAGGUACGUUGGCUAAGCUGAGUGCGCCGAGCUGAGGGCAUACUCACACUGGGGCUUUCCUUGGAUGCAUCUGACCUUUUUUCAACACUGCGCAAAUCCAUUGUUAACUUGUGAAGUCCUAGUUUGAGUAUGCCCUUCUCAAAGGUAUGUCUUGGUUGAUGAGAGAGUUGAGAUUUAUGUGUGGAUGGUGAGCGGUGUACUGAAGAAGAGGUGUGACAAGAGGGUGAGCAGAAAUUUCUGAGGACAGCACUCAGCUCAGCUACUCCAUAUCCGUAGGGUUGCAGCAGAGUGAGUGGCCUCAAAGGCACUCCCUGAGGCGCUGGAAGCUGGAUCUCUGUCAGCUGAUUGGUGAUGAUUGGAUCGUGAUUAAUUGGUUGGAUGAUUGAUUGGUUGGCGAUUGAUUGGCUGCCUAGUUUGAUUAGUCGUUUGGGAGAAAAGCCCGUCCGGUUGAGUUAUUCACUUGAAGCUUCGAUCUGAUCGGCUGGUUCAUAGCUGAUCCUGUCCGGAUGGCUAGUCCAUAUAUUGGCACCCAUAGCAAUUUGCAGGUUCGUUUCUUACAAAGCUCACGAUUGGGUGCUGGCUCCCGUCAGCGGGCAGACAUGUAUCAAACCACCACCCCCUCUUCCUACCAUACCGUUCGGCAACGAGGGCGCCCAUCCCUUUCCAGUUGGCAUGUGGGAUCGGUGAUCCGACGAUCACGGGCUUCUUUGUCCCCUGUCUGCAAUGGUUGACCUAGCUUUUUUGAAGAUUGUGGCGGUUUCAAUGGUUCCUCUCUGAGGAUGAGCCGCCGAUUGCAGAAAUUUUGUUCAUCUGAAAAUCUGUCCCAUGCAGAGGGAAGCUAUUUGGCUCGUGGUCUAGUUUGCUCUCGUAUUCUGUGUUGUUGGUGCACCUGGCUGGUGUAAGCUAUGCCGGGCUGCCCAACUGCCGGUCCGUUUCAGGGGUCCAUUCCAGUGUCAAAGUCCACUCCUGUCCACAGUUUGGUUUGCGGGUGCGUCUCGGCGGUCCUCCUCCUGUAUCUGUCGGGAACGGGAGGACAGUCGGGGCACUCAGCUCGGCGGAAAUUUGACUGCCUCCCUGGUGUGUUCAUUUUGGAGUUUCUGACAAGUUGCGACAACUCUUGUCAAAAGGAAUCAGAAAUUAAUGACAAGUGAUUAAUGUUAAUGGCACUCAAUGCACUACAUUACCAGUGGAUCAUGCAAUAGCGUGAACAGAUAGUGCAACCAGGGAGGGUUCCAUUCCUAUGCUUCAGGGGGGACUAAAAUUCUUAGCUUCUUCAACUGAUUAUAAUUCUUAACUGACCCUUUGGUUCUGUAGAGACCACUACACUUGGACAAAGGAGUUGUUGACCGAUAGUUUAGUUUUUUGGAGUUCAGGAUACGAAUCGUGCAGUUGGGAAGGCAGAGUUUGCAAUCCAGGGUGUUUGGCAUCUCAUUGGUUCAGACGAGACGUGGGUGGUUUUCGUUGAUGCGAAAAGAGGGUUUGUGGUUGAAGGUUUUCACAUCUCAAGCUUAACAUACAAUUGAAUGAGUGCAGUCGAAGGUUUUCACACUGGCGUCGGAAAAGGUGGUCUGUGUCAGCAUCAAGCUUUUGGAGGAGAUAGCCUCUCUAGUCAAGUGUCUUUGGUCUCAGGAGGUUUGUUGUUUUCAAAGCUUGAAGGUCUCAGAAGGUUUGGAGUUUUCAAAGCUUGAAGGUAUCAGACGGUUUAGAUUUGGAUUUCUCGAAGCUUUAAGCCUUCAAGGAAAAAUGGUGAUGAUGGUGAUGGUGGUGCUUUGGAUGAGGUCUGGAUCAAGUUUCGGACAUUCAUGUCAGUCAUUCAUGUGAUUUGCUUCAUGGGGGGAGGAGGCUUGCUGUCACAUUGUUGUGCUUAUUGAAAAGCUCUGUGACAGUGUUGUUCCGCUUUUGAGGAACAAUUGGCCACUUUCACAAAAAGCAAGCAUUUGCUUU